UGAUUACUCUGAUUACGUACUGAAUUACUGAUUAUUUAGGGCAGUAUAGUAGUUUCUUCUAGCUAAUAAUGUAUAGUUAAUUUUGUUAAUAUACCUAUAACUUACUCUGGUAAAGGCAAAUAAUAAUAACUUGUUAAAGAUAUUGUUCGUUCGCCAUACUGUGAUGUCGGCAUAGAGUAACUUGUAUAUACUAACUAUAGUAUUAAUAAGGAUGUCGGACUUGCUGGAGAGCGCGGAUUGUGUUAAGGUGAAGGCCGAACCGUCAUGGGACCUCGCGGAGGACCUGACUGGGCACAUUGACCAUGUGAAAACAGAGUGUGACUGUACUGAGGAGGAUGUUGAAGCGGCCCAGCUGUGCAAUGACCAUAAGGUUAAGGAAGAAAUUAAAAACGAACAGGUUGAGCCCAUUGACCAGGACAUAAAAGCAGAAGAACUUGUGCUGGAUCCCGAGGAGUUCCAGCGGCCCAAAGUGACUUUAGUGUGUCGAGGGAGCCAGUUAAUGCCAAGCCAGACGUGCUCUGUCAGAUUGGAGCAGAUGCAUGUUGACAUGCAACACCAUACAUGCACCAUUUGUCAGAACACAUACAAGUUCCAACAGUAUUUCCCGAGUUAUGACAAUUGCACAGAUGAAGACAAAUCAAGUAUUAACAAACUUGACGGACAAGCUCAGCAUAUCACCAACACUGAGCAUCCAGGCACUAAAUCUUCAAGGAACAAACCACUUAUACAUCAGAAAACGCUUGUAGGAGAGAAACUAUACAAAUGUGAUCUCUGUAAUUAUUCUAGUAUCAAUAAAUUUAAUUUUAAUCGCCACGAACUGAAACAUUAUGGAGAAAAACCAUACAAAUGCGCCUACUGCAGCUACACAACUAUGGAAAAGUCUUAUUUAAAAGAACAUUAUGAAAAUUAUCAUACUGGUAAUAAAGUCUCUUACAAAUGUACCCGUGCUCACUGUGCUUAUACUACUGAUAGUAAAAGUGAUUUCGAUCAUCACUAUGACGAUAUACAUCCUCGCAGAAAACCCUACAAGUGUAAAUACUGCAGGUAUGCAGCUUCCGAGGAAGCUGAUAUAAGGGUACACGAAACUAUACAUAAUGGUAUAAACCCUUACAAAUGUGCUUUCUGUGAUUACACUACAUCUUACAAACGUAGCUUAAAAGUUCAUCAAAUGAUACAUAAUGGUGGAAAUCCUUAUAAAUGUGCCCGCUGUAGCUACAUUACUUUUCGUGAAAGUAAUUUGAAACAGCACGAAAGGACGCAUAAUGGAGUAAAGCCGGAGAAAAUGGAGGGUAAGGUGGGGUAA